UUCACAUCGUUUCAUUAGAUUUUUUUUCUUCCUCUGAGCAAAUAUGGCUGCCUCUCAUCGCAUCUUCCUCGUAAAGAACUAAAUUGACGUGACAUUAAGGCCAAAAUUAUUGUGCUGAUGACAAACAACAUUACCAAACGCCAAAACGCACUUUAAACGACGGCCUUACAGAAAUGUUUCGGCUGAUAAAGAGGGGAGUGCACGCGAGUAUAAAUUAACCCUUUCCAGUGUAGCAUCCAGCAGCUUCUGAGAAAACGAUGCAUCAGGUGAGCAGCAGCAGUGACCUCUGCAUGAGUGUGGCUAGCCUGGCGGAGGACUGUCACACAGCCAGCCCCUUUGAUUUAUGUAGCACACCACCCAGCAAGUUCUUCGCCUCUCCUGCAAACCCAGGUCUGCAGCUGUCCCUUGCCAGCCUUGCCCCUCUGCCUCAUGGGAUGCACAAAGCCAUGGCUUGUCAUUUGCAAGACUCCCAGACAGACUUCCAGGCACAGGCAAUGAGAAUCAGAUCCGGUGAGGGUUCAGUCCCUGAGGGAUCUAGGAAAAAGGAGGGAAUAGUCAAGUCGGGAAGGAGGGGGAGACCAUCAGGAACCACAAAGCUGGCAGGGUAUCGCACAAGCACGGGACGCCCAAUUGGGACGACACGAGCGGCUGGAUUCAAAACCAGCCCAGGGAGACCCCUCGGGACCACCAAAGCCGCAGGGUACAAAGUCAGCCCCGGCAGGCCUCCUGGUAGCAUCAAGAGUCUAGCCCGCCUGAGGAAGUUAGAGUUUGGCUGUGACAGCGCCAAAACACUUGACUUAAACAACUGCAGCGUUCCAAAGGAACUGGACUUGACGAGCUGUGACCUCCCUCCUUUUUCAUACACCAUGCUGGAGAAGAGGGUUCUCUGUGAGCCGAGUAGCAAAGCGGACAAACCCAGUGAAUAGGUGGUUUCAUGUGCAUGAUAAUGCACCUGAAAGCUGUAUGACCUGUUUUCCUUUAGAUCAUCUUAUCUUACAUUCUCUGUAUCAUUUUUGCCAUUCCUAUGAGUUAUAACCAAUCUAUAAACAAUCAUACACAUCACUUAUUGAAAUCAACUUUUCUAUAAGCAAAAAUGUGUUUAUUAAGUAGUGGAUAUGUUUUGUUUCUAUCAUAUUUCUUCAAAAAUAGAAACUUGUCAAAUAUUUUUUCUCGACUUUUAUAAGUUUUUCUGACCAGUGUCCUGAACGUAAAUAUGUUACUGUACCUGUCUAAGUGUUUUUUUCUUUAUUGCUUUACAUGCACCUUACCUUGUGAUAUAUUUGAGCAUCAUGCCUGUCACAUGUUAACCUGUAUAGUUUGUAGCACCACAUAUUUUCUGCACUUUGUACAUGUUUCAUGAAAAGCCUUGUUUUCUCUUGAUUUACCAGUUAAAAUAUGUGCUCAUUAAAUAGGGAAUAAAAAAAUGUGUAACACGUGGUAA